CGGCGCGGCCCGGCGUGGCCGUCAUCGACGUGCGCUUCCCCCGCGGCAGCGCGGCUGACGUGCACGAGAUCGUCUUCAAGAACUUCUACACCGCCUUCCUGAGCGUGCGGGCGCAGCGGGCCGGGCCGCCGGGGCCCCGCAAGUGGGUCACCUGCCUCCGCGACCUGCGGCUGAUGCCGUGCCCGCACACCGAGCCGGGCGCGCAGGACUACUUCUCGCUCCGCCGCUCCCAGAUGCUGUGCGACAUGGAGCAGGUGACGGCGCUGCGCUUCAUCCUGCGGCAGCCCUCCCCGGCGUGGCUGCACUUCGGCAUCGAGGAGCUGCAGCUCUUUCCCCCUGGCAUCAAGACCCCCCCGCAGGACGUCCCCUCCUGGCUGUCCCAGCUGACCCCCCCGGAGCAGCCCCCCAGCCUGCACGGGGAGCUGCCCGACCCGGAGAAGGUGGCGGCGGAGGUGCAGCAGAUGUGGGUGCUGACGGAGGUGGUCCGCGCUCGCCAGGCGGCCGCGCGCAUCGGGCGCUUCGACGUGGACGGCUGCUACGACGUCAACCUGCUGUCCUACAGCUGAGCCCCGCUCGGCGCUCCCGGAACCGGCGCGGAUGCUGCAGCCGAUGGACCCCGACCCGGCCUUUGCCCCACUACCUCCCGUGCUGCCCGCGGGCCGCGCCGUGCCCCGCAGCCCCUCCCGCAGCGCCGCCCUCCACCACCCGCGGGCUCGGUGGGGGCCCGGCCCCUGCGCGUUCCGCGGCCGUGGCUCCGGAUAAAAG